AUGCAAGGACAAGGCCAACAAGCUACGAAUUAUUCAGUAUUCGGUGAAGAGGUGAUUUCGAGAAUGAGGAAACCGCCGUACAACUGCGUCGAAGAAUGUGCGGAUGAAAUUUAUCAGAAUGCGGCGACUUAUGCUGGACAAUUGCACGAUGCAGUUUAUUCGUAUGGGUUGGCAAUGAGCCGAACAAUUAAGACGAGCCCACAAAAUUACAAAAAUGGAACGUUUUUCUUAAAAAAUUUUCAUCAAAAAUUCACGGGUGUAUCGGGAAACGUUGAAAUAAAUAGUGACGGUGCCCGUAAUCCAACGAUGUACAUUUUGACUCUUGAUAAAAAUAGCACUGCAUUUAUUAUGGGAACCGUAGUCGUCACGAAUACAGAAGGAUUUCUGAACAAAACGUAUACGGAUGAAGGAUCUGCUAUUUGGCAUUCUAGAAAGAAUCAGAAGCGACCUCUUGAUGAACCUGUUUGUGGAUUUACGGGAUUGAAUUGUAAGCCGAGUGUAUUUAUCGAGUACCUUGGUUGGUUUGUUGCUGGAAUUGUGAUAGUUUCAUUUGCACUUAUUGGAGCAUUGUCAGCAUUUAUUGUAACAAUACGAAUGAAGCGAUUAGAAGUUGAGCGACAAAAUGCGUUGUGGCAAAUCCCGUUUAAUUCAAUGAGUCCAGCAACAAAGAAAAGAGCCGAUCAAAGUAUGAACAGUUUAAGCAGUGGUCCCAGUACGAUUUCAUCAUCAAAAUCUGGGGUCUCAUUCGAAGCUGCUGAAAAAAGACACUAUCUGUUCAUGACGAUACAAAACGGAAUGGAGCUUGAACGAGUUGCAGCUCGAAAGCACAAUGUUCGACCGAUAUUUGAUAAGCAUGAGUGUGCCGAAAUGAGACAGCUUCUUCAAGUCGAUCAUGCAAAUCUAAAUAAGUUCAUUGGAUUAUCGUUGGAUGGUCCCCAAUUAUUGUCGGUAUGGAGAUAUUGUUCUAGAGGAAGUCUGGCUGAUGUAAUUCGAAAAGCGACAAUCCAAAUGGACGGAUUCUUCAUUUAUUCAUUAAUGAAGGAUAUUGUCACUGGAAUCAGUUAUCUUCACAAUUCUCCAAUCGCUCAUCAUGGAAUGCUUACUUCCAAAAACUGCCUUUUGAGUGAUCGAUGGCAGAUGAAAAUAUCCGAGUUUGGAAUCAGAAAAUUUCGAAUUAAUGAUCAAUAUUCGAAAAACGAUUUUUUGUGGACAGCUCCUGAACAUUUGAGGAAUGAUAAUUUGGAUGGAAGCAAAGAAGGAGAUAUUUACAGUUUCGGAAUAAUUAGUGCUGAAUUGGUUACACGGAAAUCUGUUUUUGAUAUUGAAAACCGAAAAGAAGAUGCUGAAGAAUUGCUCUAUUUGAUCAAAAGGGAGGAAUGA